CCUAAUUAAGCAAUUUAUUUGUCUUUUAUUUAAUUAAUCCAAAAAACUCGGAUCGUUUGUUCCUCUUCACUCUCCGGCGGCCUCCUCUUCCUGCGACCUGCACUUAGCGAUUCCGAGCCAUCCUCUGCCUGGUCUGCAUUGGAUUGCAUUCUAGAAGUGGGAAAAGAUCAGUGAGCCAUGCAAAGAGGAAGAAAGAAUUUGAAAAGAGCUGUAAAUGAAAAAACUGCAACUCUUCAACAAGGACAAUGCAUUAUGCAAGUAGUUGACCUCCGUGGCUCCAAUCAAAUUGAGGUAAUGGAUGCAAAGGGUGAUAAGUCAAUAGCAAUCUUCCCAGCUAAGUUUCAAAAGAGCAUGUGGAUUAAAAGAGGGAACUUUGUCGUGGUUGAUGAGAGUGGGAGAGAGGAGGCAAUGGGGUCAGGUAGAAAAGUGGGUUGCACUGUUGCACAAGUCCUCUACCAUGAUCAAGUUCGUGAGUAUAAAAAGUCUCCAGAAUGGCCAGAUAUCUUCAGAUCGAAAGCAAUUGAACCUCCAAUGCAAAGUUUAAAAAAGCAAACUCCUCAAACAUGUGAUGUUGAAAACUCAAGUGAUGAUGAUGGACUUCCUCCAUUAGAAGCCAAUACAAAUAGAUUAAUAGCAUUCCAAUCCGAGCAAGAUACAGACUUGGAUUCUGAUAGUGAUUCCUGACUUCACUUCUAAUUGUUAGCUACACAAAGUGAAAGCAAAUAAUCUAGAGUGGAUUGAGAACUUUUUCAAAUCACAUAUGUUGAGUCAAAAUUGCAGGCUUUUGAUGUUCUAGUCAAAAUCACAUAUGUUGAGUCAAAUCACGUAUGCAUUUCGAG